AUGAUACAUUCAUGUGAUAUAAAUGAUUCACAUCUAUCAUCUAUAUCUUCGAAUAAUUCAUAUUAUAAUACAAUAGGACAUAUUGAUGAAUCAGAUCAUAUAGAUACAAAUGGAUUAUUUCCUGAAUGGUCAUUAAAAUUAUCAUCUAAACAAGAUCAUUAUGAUAAACUUAAUACUGAUGAUAUUACACAUUAUACUGAUCCGAUAUUACAUAAUAAUAAUAAUAUCGAAUUGAAUGAUCCUAAACUAUCCUAUUCAACAGAAUGUAAUAUAGUAGAAGAAGAAACUCAUUCAACUUUAUUACCUAAUUGUCUUACUAAAGGUUUAAAUGACUUGGUAACUAAAUUAAAUAAUCAUGAUCAUCAUAAUCAUGAUGUAUUAUACAAUCAAUCUGAUUGUUAUAAUACCCAUGAAUUAUCUAAUUGUGAUAUUAUUAUACCUUCAACAUUCAAUAUUAUUACAUCAUUGAAUAAUACAGAUCUCAUUCAGCAUAAAACGAAUUCAUUCAAUUCAUCUAAAUGGUAUCCUAUAUUACAUAAUCAUUGUAAUACCGAUUAUUUAUAUAAUCCAUUAUUAACAAAAUAUGAUGAUCAUUCAUUGAUUUUAUCAACGAAUUAUACAAAUGAUACAUUGAAUUUAUCAAAAAUGUUUAAUUUAGAUAAUCAUGAAUUUGAUCAAUUGAAUGUAAAUAAAUUGCAUCCAGUUACAUCAUCAUCAUCAGCAACAUCCUUAUCCUCGUCGUCAUUAUCGUCCUCCUCCUCCUCCUCCUCCUCCUCCUCCUCCUCCUCAUUCUCAUCCUCCUCUUCAUCUUCAUCAUUUAAUGAUAAAGAUGUGCGAAAUUAUUUUCUUCAAGAAGAAACAUCGUUUGAAAAAGUUCGACAUUUAACAACGAAUAAAAAUGUUUUACAUAAACAUGAUUUAAUAGAAUCUUCAAAGAAUUAUCAUAAUCAUAAUCAUACUAUAAUGCCAAAGGAAGAAAUUGUAAAAAAGCAUAUUAUAAAUUCAUAUGAGAAUAAAUAUGAACAAGCGAAAGUGAUUUCGUCAUCAAAUUAUCCUUCCUCGUCAAUUGUUUCAUUCAAUAAUAAUAAUAAUAAUCAUACUAAUUGGAUGAGUAAAGAUGAUAAUAUGAAAAGUAUACAAGAUCAUGAAACGUGUACAACUACAACAGCAACAACAACAACAACAACAACUACUACUACUACUACUAUUAGUAGUAGUAGUAGUUUAAAGAAAAAUCCAUCUUUAUCAUCAUUGAAAUCAUCACGUUUAAAACGUAAAAUUGAUGGUACUUAUUCAUCUUAUAUCAUCAAUGAUGAAACAUCAAUCUAUGAGAAAGAAUCAUUGAAAUUAAUGAAAGAAUAUUCUAAACAAUCUAUUGAUUUAUAUAAUAAUAAUAAUAAUCAGUUUAUUGAUUAUUCUAUUAAAUCAUCUACAUCAAAUAAUGAAUUACAAUUUAUUACUGAUUCUCAUUUAAUCGAUAAUGAUCAUUUAUUCAAUCAAUAUAAUGAUUCAUUACCAUGUUAUUUAUCAUCAAAUAUUGAUUUAAAUAAACAAACGAUUCAUCAACAUCAUGAUUAUUUAUAUAAUACAUCAAUUAAUUCGAUUGAACAUUUUCCUAUAAUCAAUAAUAUGACAUCAUCAUCAUCAUCAUCCUGUAUACCACAAAAAUCAAUACAAUUCGAUUAUUAUGAUAAUCAUAAUCAUAAUAAUAGUAAAUCAAUAGAGAAAUCAAUCAAUCAUAAAAAUGAUGAAACGAUUACAUUAAUAAACAAUAUAGAUAAAAUUAAUAAUAAUAAUAAUAAUAAUAAUGAAUAUUCAAUUUAUUCUACAGAACAAUUAAAUCCUAUUAAUCCUAUAGAUCAUUUUAAUUCAAUUACAUUCGAUUAUUGUAAUCAUUCAAUGACACAUAGAUAUAUAACAUGUACAAAUGAUGAAUAUCAUCCUUCUCCUUCUCCUCCUCUUCCACCUCCACCUCCUCCUGAUCCUCAUCAACAUCAUCAUCAUCAUCAUCAUAAGUUAACUAUAAGUAAUACAUUUAAUGGAGAAUUACGACACCCACCACCACCACCGCCACCACCACCACAACAACAACACCAACACCAAUCAGCACCACCACCAUCACAACAACAACAACAACAACAACCAUUAUCUAAAUUGAAUAGUAAUAAUAAUAAUACAACAUUAGAUUAUUUUAAUAUAAAUCCAUUAACUUAUUUAUCAUCGAAUAUAUUACCUUCAACAGAUAUUAAUGAUAAAUUAAAAAUGAAUUCAAAAUAUUUAGCUGCACAACAAGCAUUAAUCGUCAAAUAUUUUAAUCAUAAUCAUAAUACUACUAAUGAUCAUUUAACAAAAAUAUCUCAUUUUAAUGAAUUUAAUGAAUUCUUUAAUGAAACUAAUGAAAUCAAUCGAACCAAUGAAAUGAAUGGAAUGAAUGAAAUCAAUCAAACCAAUGAAAUGAAUGGAAUGAAUACAAUCAUUACAAAUGAAAAUACUAUGAUUAAUCAUUCAUCUAUUCAUUCAAUAUUAAAUAAUGAUAUUAUACUCCCUAUUGAAGAUACUACUACUACAACUACUACUACGACUACGACUACUAGUACUACUACUACUACUACUAAUCAUAAUGAUGAAUUAUGUUUAAAUAGAUUUGAUCCUUUUAUACAUUUACCAACAUCUAAUACACCAAAUUGUAUUCAUGAUUGUAAAGAUCAUUGUUUAGUAACAACAAUAAAAGAUAAGAAUUUCAUUGAUUCUAAUAUGAAAUUAUGUAAUAUGAAUACAAUGACAAAAAGAUUUCAACAUAAAUGUCCAUAUAAUCCAUUAGAUCUAAAUGAUAAUGAUAAUAUGAAUCAAUUAUAUCAUAAUCCAUCAACAAUCUUAUUGAAUAAUAGAUCUUCUAAUCAUUAUAUGAAUGAACCAAUUUUAUUCAAUGAUACAUUCAUGAAUAAAUCCAAUACCGAUUCCUAUUUACAUUCAUAUCAUUGUUUUAUGAAUGGAAUAGAUACAUUCGAUGAAAAGAAUCUAAAAUUAUGUAAUGGACAUAAUACAUGUAUCAGUCCAUUAUUACUAUUAUCAUCAUCAUCAUCAUCAUCAUCAUCAUCGUCAUCAUCAUCAUCAUCAUCGUCAUCGUCAUCGACGUCAUCAUCUUCGUCAUCGUCAUCAACACAUUCCACAACAUCAUCAACAUCAUUAUCGUCUACUUUAUUAUUAUCUUCUACAUCUACACCAUCAAUGAUAUCAUUUAGUUCGAAUAAUUCUAGAUUAUCAAAAGUUUCUAAUUAUAAUUUAAAUGAUAUCAAUUCUAUAUCAAUGAAUGAAACAGAUUGUCAUCAAUUAUGUUUAGUUUGUGGUGAUAAUGCAGCAUGUCAACAUUAUGGUGUAAGAACAUGUGAAGGAUGUAAAGGUUUCUUUAAACGGACAAUUCAAAAAAAUGCACAAUAUGUAUGUCUUCAAGCUAAAAAUUGUGUAGUCGAUAAACGUCGACGUAAUCGUUGCCAAUAUUGUCGAUUUCAAAAGUGUUUAAAAGUUGGAAUGGUUAAAGAAGUCGUUCGUCGGGAUAGUCUUAAAGGUCGUCGAGGUCGUUUAUCAUCUAAAGCACGUUGUCAAUUAAAUGAACAUGGUGGAUUAGCCAAUUGUUAUAAUGAUGGUAAUAUUAAUAAAAAUCUAUUACCUUUACAUAGUUUUCUUCAUAAACGUAAUAGUAUAUCACCAAAUUUUUCAUCUAUUCAUGGUAAACGUUACUCAGGUUCUAAUAUACAAUUAAAUCAUACAAAUAGAACAAAUUCCAAUACUGUAAAUUCAACUGUUACACUUUUAUCAAUGUUGAGUAGAGCAUAUGAAAUGGUUGGACCAAGAAGUCAUUCUAUCAUGAAUAAUAAUGAGAAUAAUUUGAUUCAAAGUAAUGAAUGCUCAAAAAAACAUGACGUAUUAAAUGGCGAGGUUGGAGAUUCUUUACAAGCUUCACCUGAUGAUAUCGAAAUUGAUGAACACUAUACAAAUAAAUUUUGUUCAAUUCUCGAAGAAUCCAUGCAAGAAUUAAAACAUUAUGCUGAAUUAGUUCCAGGAUUUAUGAAUUUAUCAAUAAAUGAUCGUGAAAUCAUGUUAAAUUUACAUUAUUUAGAUUUAUUAAGUUUUCGUUUAGCUUGGAGAUGUGCCAUGGAAACAGAAGUCACUACACAUCCAAACUAUACACCAACAUCAUUUAUAGAAAAUCAUUCCGAUAACUGUAUAAAAUUAAAUCAAACUAUACAUGAAAAUUCUUUCAUAGAAAAACCGUUUGAAAUCUCUUCAUCCAUAAGAAUGACACCGACAACACCUUCAGCAACAACAACAACUACAACAACAGCAACAGGGACAACUAUAAAUAAUUGGAAUCAACAAAUGCAUCAUUCGAGAAUGGAUAAAUCGCAUUUUAUUGAUUAUUAUAAAACAAACUACUUAUUAAAUAAUAGUAGUCAUAAUAAUAAUCAUAAAAAUAAAGAAAUUUUAUUUAUUUUCGAAAAUGGUAAAUCAAUGUCAUAUAGAGAAUUAUUAAAAUCUGGUUUUGGUAAUUGGGCUAAUCAAAUUAAACAAUUUAGUACACAAUUAAAACUAUUAAUACAAGAUGAUUAUAAUGCAAUUUGGGGUUUAGCUGCAUUAAUUUUAGUGAAUUAUAAAUCAAUCAAUUAUCUCACUCCAUUGUCAAAUUCUAGUGAAGUUUAUUCAUUACAUCAUAGAUUUGUUGAAAUGUUAAAAAGUCAUUGUUGUUCAUCAACUCAACAUAUAAAUUUAACAUCAAAUACACAAACAUCAUUCAUUUAUGAUUCGACUUCUACCACUAAUAAUAAUACUACUAACAAUAUUAUAAGUAGUAAUAAUAAUUCAUCUAAAAAAUCUAAUAA